GGAAUAAAAACCUCUGACUGUGGAGGCUGUUAGCACUUGUGCUUAAGAUGGAUCUCCUUGCUGUUCUUCUUCUGUUUGGAAGCGGGCUGGCCGCCUAUGGAGAAGGAUUUUUUGCGGGAAGUGGAAACGGGACCAGAGAUGAGAAUGGUGCUUGCCAGUGCCUCGUUUACCUUCCGGACCCCACCUUCCCAGUAACAAGAGUGGAACAGCUGGAGAUCCAAGCAGUGUCUUUACUGGCAUCUGUCGAGCGGGAGAUUGCAAAGAUUGGCGUAUACACAAAUAAAAUAUCCGUAUAUGAAAAGCGCAUGCAGAACCUCACACUUCGUGUGGACCGCUUAGAAAAGGGGGAGAUUACGUACACAGAGUUGGACUUCGAGUUGCUUAGGAUUGAAAUUAAAGAGAUGGAGUCUCUGGUUUCUCAGCUCAAAGCUAGCUUCUCCGACAGCAAUUUCCUUGUUGACCAGCUUUAUCUAGAGAUCCGGAACAUGAGCAGGACCGUGUCCAGCUUGGAAGCCUUGGACAAAAAUAAUGUUCUUUCUGUACGUCGUGAAAUUCUGUCCUUAAAGAAGAGGUUGCAGGAGUGUGAAGAACUGAAAAACACAACUACCAUCCCGGCUCCAAAUCCCCCAAUACUUUAUGGCUCUUGCAACCAUGGUCCAAUUUCAAAUCUCAGCCAGCCAUUUGUUGUGCAAUUGAAUUGGAGAGGAUUUGGCUUCAAAGCUGGUGCCUGGGGAAAAGAUCCUGAACCUGUACCCUCCAAGAAAGAACUUUACUGGCAAGCGCCCCUGAAUACAGAUAACCGAUACAUGGAGUAUUACAGGUACUAUUCCUCCUAUGAUGACUUCCUGCUGUAUAAAAAUCCAGCAGAAAAAAGAAUUACCUAUGGCCAAGGCAGUGGCAUGGUUGUAUAUAAGAACUAUUUGUAUUACAACUGCCAUUCUUCAAGGGAUGUCUGCAAGCUUGAUAUUGAGACUAAUAGUCUAGUAGUGAGGAAAACUAUUCCUAAUGCUGCCUAUGAUAAUAGGUUUUCUUACUCUACACCAUGGCAGGAUAUUGAUGUUGUUGUAGAUGAAAGUGGGCUGUGGGUUAUUUAUGCCACUGAAGAAAGCACUGGAAACAUUGUAAUUGGUAAACUGAAUGAGACCACUCUGAACAUUGAAAAGACCUGGGUGACCAAACAGUACAAGCCUUCUGUUAGCGGUGCCUUUCUUGUGUGUGGGGUUUUGUAUGCUACCAGAACUGUAAACACUAGGCAGGAAGAGGUCUUCUACAUGUAUGACACAAAGACUGAGCAGGAGGGUAGGGUUAGUGUUGUAUACAGCAAGAUGAUGGAAUACAUUUAUGGUGUCAACUAUAAUCCCAAAGAUCAUAAACUCUAUGCUUACAAUGAUGGAUAUCUUGUUACAUAUGACCUCAGUUUUAGUGCUGCUGGUCAGGCCCCUAAGCCUGCCUAAAUUUCAUUUAACUGUUCUGCACAAUUAUCUUUGUUUUACCUGGAAUUUUUAAUCUUUUAAUAAACUUGGUUUCAAUAA